UUAUUGAUUCUUAUACAUAUACUAGUUUUAUUAUAUUGAGAAGUACAAUUUAUUUUCUCUUGGUAUGUACAACAUACAAAGCAUCAGAAUAAAUAAGAUAUUUCAUGACGUCACGCAUCCUGAUUUGCGUCUUCGCUUCUGGUAACACUGAACCAGAGACCAGAGGACCAGAGAUUCGUUCCUGUUAUGUAGAGACUGUAGGGGUCCUUUGUGGCGAAGUUCACGGUAGUUUGUAAACAGAAGGUUUACGUAUUGUGUUCAACUUUCAACAAAAGAAAAAUUCUAAUUGUUCACAAUUUUUACGAAGUUCUAAGAACCCGGUGGAUAUCCAAACAACAAUGGACUCUGACGCAGAAAGUGAUAGCGUAUUAAGUGAUUCAUCUUCUGAGUUUUUACCCUAAAGUAUACAACACUUACGUAGCGACAUUUAUGGAAGAGUCGGAGAGAUAUUUGAGAGAGUAUAACUAUUUAGAAUCGGAAGGAGAAUCCGAAGAAGAACCGCUGGAGCGUACGUUUGACUUAUCAUUGCCAGCCACACAUUCCUAUUUUGGAUUAAACUUGGAAGAGCUCAGGGGAAGAACAAUAUUCGAUGAAGGAAUUUAUAUAAAACUACCAAUACUAGAACAGAAAUCUGUUAUGUUAUUUCCGGGACAAACAUUACCAAUGAAAAUUCGUACGCAUGCUAUUGACAUGUUAUCCUGCCUUCAAAGCAACCGUACCAUAGGUGUUGUGUGCUUUGGAUAUAACAAUGUGGUUACACCCAUAGGUGUAACAGCUGAAAUUUAUGAAUGCAAGUCUUUGGGCCCUGAAGCAGGAUAUAAUUUGAAAGCAAUGGGUAGACAACGGUUCAAAAUUUUACAACUCAUUAUACAGGGAUAUGAUCGAAUAUCAGCAAAUGUUAAAAUUUUGCCGGAGAUAACCCUUGGACCACCAUUUCUCGAUGAACGAUUGGCAUCAUUAGAUCGUUUCCGGAUGAAAUCAACUACUGAAGAUUUUAAAAGGCAAGAGUGGGUAGAGAAUCGAGAUGCAGUAGUAACUCCUUGGCCUGGUUGGGUAUACAGACAAUAUGAUCCAUUAAGACUAUCGUUACAAAUACGGAGACACCUCCAAUUGUUUCGUCAUAUGGAUGCUAAUAUACCAGAAGAUCCUACAAAUUUAUCAUUUUGGAUUGCCCAGAAUUUAUUACUAGAUGAUAAGGAAAGAAAUGUUUUAUUACGUUAUGAUUGUGCAAUUUCCAGAUUACAAAUGGAAAUUAAACAUUUAGUUACUGGUAAACUAUUCGUUUGUACUAAUUGUGAAACUAACUUUGGAAAACAGUCGCAUAUGUUAACAAUGAGUAUAGAAGGUCCACUUGGGAUUUAUUGCAAUAGCAAUGGUAUCAUACAUGAUAUUGUGACUUUGUAUCAUGCACAAGGUCUAGUGCUAAGUCAUCAGAUAGUCUCUACUGAAUAUACGUGGUUCCCAGGAUAUGGAUGGACAAUAGCUACGUGUAAAAACUGUAAUCGUCAUAUAGGUUGGAAAUUUACAGCAGUUCAACCUAAUUUGAAACCGAAGGCGUUUUGGGGUUUAUCACGUCGAAACAUAAAAGACGUAUAAUCGAACGAAACAUAAUCUACUCAUUCAAUGCUCCAGGCAGCCCCUUCCUGAAUUUUUCAACUACAUCCUCAAAAAUUAUAUAAUACAUACAUAUAAAUCACGAAGAUAAAUAAUUUUUGUCUUAAAAGAAAAAAUUUUAAGUAUUAAAAAUGUGAAAAUAUAUUAUUUCCUAUUAUGAAAAGGAGUGGCAUACUCAACAGGUGCACUAGGACCUAGGAUGAAUUAAUUAAAAUACGUUUUUUCAUU